AUGGUGUGGUCGUGUGAUGAGGAUUCAUCAUCAGAGAGCGGCAGUGGGAACGGCCUGCCAGCCCUGACCCCUCCCUCCUCCGCUGUGACGGACGCUGCCAUAGUCAGGGAAACCAAGGUCAACGGCAACGGUGGUCCCGCCCCGCUGGACUUCAGCACGCCUACUUCCUCCUCCUCAUCAUCCGAAGACCAGCAGCCGAUGAACCUGAGCGAGCCCCCUCCUCAGCGCCGGCCCCUGGCCGCCGCACACCUACCCGUCACUGUGUCGGCGGCGGCCGCGGCUCUGCUUGGCGCUCUGCAUCCCAGCGCGCCUGAGGAGCUCCGCAGGAAGUACCCGCUGGCUGCCAAACCUCCCCUGGCUCCACACCCGGCACUGCCUCUGCCGCACACACACACACCCCACACACACAGUGCGCAUACUCCCAUCACACACACCCAGUCCCACACAGACACCGCCGAGCUGCGUCUGGACCGAGACGGCAGGGACUACGGGGGCAAGUCCCCCCAGUACAGUUCGGGUGGCAGCUACGACAGCGUGAAAAUGGACUUGGGUGCCGAGGACCUGACCACGGGGCGUCAGGUCGCCCCCGACGACGACGACGACGACCAUGACGACCACGACGACAACGACAAGAUCAACGAUGCAGAGGGAGUUGACCCCGAGAGACUAAAGGCCUUCAAUAUGUUUGUGCGUCUGUUUGUGGACGAGAACUUGGAUCGGAUGGUUCCCAUCUCCAAGCAGCCUAAGGAGAAGAUCCAGGCCAUCAUCGAGUCCUGCAGCAGACAGUUCCCAGAAUUCCAGGAACGCGCCCGCAAGCGCAUCCGCACCUACCUCAAAUCCUGCAGACGCAUGAAGAAGAGCGGCAUGGAGACCCGUCCUACUCCGCCUCACCUCACCUCAGCCAUGGCUGAGAACAUCCUGGCUGCCGCCUGCGAGAGCGAAUCACGCAACGCUGCAAAGAGGAUGCGCCUCGACGCAUAUCACGAUGAGCAGAUCUCUCUGGACAAGCCGUCCAGCGGUGGAGGGGGUCUGAGGGAGCCGGCGUCCCUCGCUCACUCCGCCUACUCCCUCGCCGCAUCAGCCUUCUCCUCCCAGGACACCCAGCUCUACAUCAACGGAGCCGGCCUUAGCUACGGUUACCGUGGAUACCCGGGCCUGGGUGCGGCCAUGCAACACCCCGUUUCCCUGACGACCGGCGCUGCUGCUCAGAGCAACGGCCCCACAGACCUCAGCAUGAAAUCGCUCUCCUCUGCCAACAUCGGUAACUCCUCUGCCUCGGCCAAUAACAGCCUGGGUGGGCGGGGCAGUGGGGCUGGCGGAGGGGGCGGGGCCUCGACCCAGCUCAGCCAACCAGAGAUCACAGCCGUGCGUCAGCUGAUCGCGGGCUACCGGGAGUCGGCCGCCUUCCUGCUUCGCUCGGCAGACGAGUUGGAGAACCUCAUCUUGCAGCAGAACUGAUCUGAUCAGAGAACACACGCACACGCACACGCACACGCACGCACACACACACACACACACACACACACACACACACACACACACACACACACACACACACACAUACACUUCCCAUCAUUGUUUUGUGUCUGGCUGCGUCCCCUGUCUCUCCUCAUUGACGCUGAACACCAGACCUCUUUUUUGCCAUCCCCUGCCUUCUCUUUGAUAACAG